AGACAUACACAAACGAAUCCGCUCUUUGCGUUUUUGUUGUUUUAUCCGAGCUUCAUUGUGACUGCAUAAAUGAUCUAGAUUUGGUACAUAUAUGUUACAGUAUACGUGGACCAAACUAUUCAAUACACAUUUUAUCAUUUGCUCGUUCCAGCCUCUGUUAAAAAAUUUGAAGAUUUCUUCAACUUUUUUAUCCUAUUUCAUCUCUUGAUUUGAUUAUUUGGAAAUGGCAGAAAGACCUGAAGGCUAUGGAUUUACAGCUGAAUUGGAGGCUAAAAUGAGUGGCAAAUACGACCCUGAGUUGGAGAAAGACGUGCGGGAGUGGAUGGGAGCAGUGACAGGAGAACCCCUCGACGGCGAAGGGCCCGAUCAACUGCACUCAGUACUUAGGGACGGAACAUAUCUGUGCAACCUUGUGAACAAAAUCCAACCAGGGAGUGUGAAGAAAAUGAACACAUCCAAGAUGGCCUUCAAACAGAUGGAAAAUAUUAAUUUCUUUCUCUCGGCGUGCGAAGCUCUAGGAUGUGCGAAAAUGGACUUGUUCCAGACUGUGGAUCUUUAUGAGGCGCAGAAUAUGGGAGCUGUGAUCACUGGAAUAUUGGCACUUGGUCGUAGGGCACAGACUAUAGGCUUCGACGGGCCAGUUCUCGGACCUAAAGAGGCAUCUGAGAACAAGCGGGAGUUCUCCGAAGAACAGAUGAGAGCUGGCGGUAAUGUCAUCGGACUUCAGAUGGGCUCAAAUCAAGGUGCCUCUCAAGCGGGCCAGAACUUCGGCAAAACCAGAGCCAUCAUUGACUGAAACAAAAGCCGAAUUAAAAAAAUAAAAAAGUAUCGAAAUUUCAAUGGUUUGAAGGGUAAACUUAAUAAUUGGUCUUCAUUGCAGGCGAAGAACUUCAAAUUUACAGCUUAAUGUUUUUGUAACUAUCAUCAGUAAAUAUGAUGAACUAUUAAACAGGUAAUUGAUAUAUUAAUGCGUAAAAUUCUGGAGCUUUCAAACUAAG